CAGUCGUCUAUUUAUAGCACACGUGGGCGCAGUCCGAUCAUGGCGGAGGAUGAUAUGCCGGGCUGCUCUAAAUGUCAACAAAAACAUCACCUCGCCCCCGUUCCGGAGUCCGGACAACCCCUCAUUGACCAGCCCUGCAUGUCCUGUAAGAAACUCCGGAAAACAUUCGAAGAGGUACCCGAUUGUCACAAGCGACCCUUGUUCAACAGGAGCAUAUCUUGCCCGGUGCAGGGUGCAAUCGUGUCCUAUCUACCGGAGGACGGGAAAUUACUCAACGACUUUUUGUCGGAGAGGGAAAGCGACGAUGUUAGCACCCAACCAAGUGACACUAAAAUUUCUAUCAGUGAGGAAAAAGAACCGUUACCAAGACAACCCGCAUGCCGGGCCAAGAGACAGACCAUCUUCAAUGUUUGUAUGUGUAUUUUGUUGGCUGUGCUUAUCAUCAUUUGUGUAAUCACCUUUGUCGCACACUCAGGACGUUCUACAGGAGAAGGAAACGACCGCCAUCAACCACAGGCCGCUGUGAACUCUGACCUCCCCAGGAAUGCAACAGUGGCCCCACAUGUUCUCCACCGUCACUGUUUUUCCCGAACUCUGCUCGCCUUGGAUGUUUCCAGACUAGAACAAAGAGACCCGGACAAGCCCACGAACUUCGUGCCGUUUAAGAUUAUCGCCUCGUCGGACGAGAUCGUGAGUCUGUCGGCGGACAGACGGACUGUCAUCUUUAAUAAACCUGGAGAAUACCACGUGGACGUGGAAUUUAUCAUGGACACUUAUUCCAUGGACGGUCUCCAGGACAACCGCCCCCAACAACAGAAUCUAUGCCUGAAUAUCCCCGGGAGGGCGCAGGUAUGUCGCCCCCUCAUCCUCAGCAGACACAUGAGGCUGACGCAGAGGGUCAACGCUGAAGUCAGCGUGGAUUCCGGACAAAAUCUGUCCGUGUUUGUCCAUAAUUUUAAGAUGCUAUUUCCUGAUCCGCACCUUAACACAUUGAAAAUCACGACGCGACAUUGUUGAGUACGAUAAUGACAUGCGAUUUGGUGCAAUGGACAAUCAUCUUGUAUAUAAGCCGAAUUCAUACAUCAUUAUUCUACUCGAUACAUGACACUUCUCACAACGAACAAAUUAUUUUAUCAAUAAAUCAUUGUUUUUGAUGUUACAAUACUAAGUUCGACAAUACGAUAAUUUGUUAUAUCUCUUUCGCUCAAUGGGGGGAUACCAUAUUCUCCAUGCACACGUUUAUGCUACAACGUACAACGCUCAAAUUAGAUCAAAGGGAUAAAAUGGCUGAAGACCUGGUUAAUCUCCUCCUUGCCUUCCUCUGGUGCUAUACGACUGUCCCCCACUUAGUCCCCAAGGAUUGUCGAUAUAGAUGUAUUACGUCACUGUGAUAUAGUUCAUUGUUUUGUUGUUCAUACUUGUAUGGUAUGCAGCUUUGCUGAUUUUUUUUUUAUAUAGAUUUUUACAUUGUUGAUAUUGAAUUGGACAUGUAUAUAUCAAAAUUUAGUGUUUAAGAAUUAAUUAAGUUAGCGUAAAUUGUCUUCCAGAUGAUUAGUUGUUAGAUGUUUAUUGUUGACAUAUUACCCUGGCACUAUAGAAAUACAAAUUGAUGCUGUGUCAUUUAUGACCGUUCUGUAAAAACGGGUUUGUUCGUAUAUAUGCCUGGUGCAUUGCCUAUGAAAUGGCUCACAUAUGUUAAAAAUGUAUUCUUAUAUCAUUGAUCAGUGGUUGUAUAAACAGUUGUUUAUAUAAUUUACUAAUGUUUUAAAAAAAUAAUAGUGUUGUAGAUCUACAUAUAUAUUUUGUAAUAAAAGUUAUAAAAAAAUU